UUAAUUGCACAUCAGAUAACAUCUAUCCUCUCCCCUCCGCAUAAGAAACGAAAAUGGAGGGCCAAGCGAGAAUGCGGACGCUUUUCCCCGCCGGUGGAACCUAAGCGGAAGAUUCUUCUUCUCCUCCUCCAUUGAAUUUACACGAAUUCCUCAAAGGAAGAAAAAAAUUAAUAAUAAAUUAAGAGAAUCUCGAUUCCCAAUCUGACCCCUGAAAUUCCUCGAAAUUUCUUGAUUCCCUCUAAAGUUGUCGGUCCGGUGGCGUUUCGCGGAAGCGAAGUUUCUCCGGAUCAAAUUCCAACUAUCAUGUCAAAAAGAAAUUAAUAUUUUAUAUUUUCUCAUCUCUGUUUUAUCAUUUUUGGAACCUUUUCCCCAGAUUUAGAAGCAGCAGAGCUCCAAAACAAAAGACAUGUUAUGUAAGAUGGUACCGCUGCCCCGGAAGAAGAAGACCGGUACGGUGCCGGUUUACUUGAAUGUCUAUGAUUUGACUACGAUUAAUGGUUAUGCUUACUGGGUUGGCCUCGGGAUCUACCAUUCUGGUGUGCAAGUUCACGGAGUGGAAUAUGGUUUUGGAGCACAUGAUCACGCAAGCACAGGGAUCUUUGAGGUCGAACCAAGGCAAUGCCCUGGUUUCAGUUUCAGAAAAUCAAUGUUGAUUGGAAGAACAGAUCUUGGUCCUAAAGAAGUUCGUUCAUUUAUGGAGAAGCUAUCUCAAGACUAUCCUGGUAAUAGCUAUCAUCUCAUCACCAAGAACUGCAACCAUUUCUGUAAUGAUGUGUGUACCAAGUUGACUGGAAAAGCAAUCCCUCGUUGGGUUAAUCGUCUUGCUCGUUUAGGUCUUCUUUGCAACUGUGUCCUGCCGGCUGAAUUGAACGAAUCUAGGGUUCGCCAAGUUAAAUCACAAACUAACGGGCAAGACGGAGAUAAGAAGAAACUGAGAAGCCGUUCUAGUAGGAUAGUAUCUACUACUCCUAAUGCGGUACCUACACCUGCAUUGACGCCUUGUACCUCAGGUUCUGAUAGACAAAGAUAUUGCCUUCCCCAGACAUUAGUUCAUGAUCCUCCUACCACAUAAUCAUUGACCUUGAAGUUUUAAUGGGUUCCAGUUUUCCAAUUUUCUUUAGGAUUAUAGAUUUUUUUUUAUAUAUAUAUAAAAAAUCAACUAUCGAUAGGGCAAAAUUGCAAAUUUCAUUUUUACCCUGUCAUGCUAUCUUGUUUUUUUUUUUAAUCCCUUUUUUCUUUUUUGCUUUUUUUCCGGGUUGCCUAAACAGCUGACGAUAUGCAUCGUUCUACAUGUAAAUAUAACUGUUAUUUCCAAGGAAUGGAAAAUGGUUCCUUUAUCACA